UACUAUUUGAUGUGACGCAUGUUGCAUUUCUACAAAACACUUUUUGGCUUCUUCCAAGUUAGUUUAUCAACUUCGGACGGAACUUAUUUUUGCUAAAUCGGGUAAUAAUGAAAUACUGGAUGAAGGUGUUUACAGCUGUCUUCACCGGGGUUGCUAUUACACAUUUCAAUAUUGUGUCAGCCAAAGAUAACUCGUCUACGAAGGAAGACGAACAGGAGAUCAAAUGGUUUCUCAAUCUUACAAUAACAUGGAUGGCCAAACCACCGUACGUCGCACUGCCUACCAAUGGAUCUUUAGACAGCGGGCCUCAGGGACUAAUCCGAGAUACACUUUUACGGUACAUGACUUUUGAGUGCGGUGUACUUUUUGGUGUUGAAUACCAAAUACAAGACCGGCGGGUAAACAGUGAAUAUGAAAUGAUCGAACUGCUGAGGCAAAACAAAGUCCACGUUGCAGCUCCUAUUUUCGAGCCAAAAGGGGAGAGACAUUACAGCGAGUUUCCGUUUUUCAAAGUGGUUGAUUAUCCAGGAACAGACUUCCUCACCUCUGAGGAAAGGAACAAUAAGAUGAGCUACGUUCUGGAUGCCGUACUGAGGUCUUGGACACUGCUAGCUGUUACUCUGGUCUUAACAGCCAUCUCAGGGGUUAUUAUGUGGGCUUUGGACACCUAUUGGAACAGUGAAGAAUUUCCGCGAUCAUUCAUCAAAGGUUCAUGGGAUGGAUUUUGGUGGUCCUUUAUUUCGAUGACCACAGUAGGCUAUGGUGACAAAUCUCCCAAAUCUCUUCCUGCACGGAUAUUCUCCAUUGUUUGGAUCCUCGUGGGCCUGAUUGUUAUGGCUAUCUUUACGGCGAACGUUACUACGGCACUGACGGCACUUACCCUGGAAACCGAACCAAGCAGAAUAGAUCAAUACGAAAAUGUUAUCAUUAACAUACUCGUUGCAGUUUUAGGAAAUGGGACAGAGUACCAACAUGCACAACAAGAGGAAGCUGAACCAAUAGUGCACACCAGUAUCGACGACGCCGUCAAAGCUGUACAGUCCAAGGACGUGGAUGGAAUAUUCAUAGAUCACUACACAAACAUCUUUUAUCACUCAAGAGAAAAAUUGAAAACGCUUCUCACCGUCAAGAAAUUGGAGCUUCAAAGAGGUGUCGGGGUUCUCUUUUCAAAGGACAGGAAAUACCUAGCAGAUUGCUUAAAUUAUCAACGUUCCACCAUUUUAAGGUCGGCUCAAACCAUCACUGCAACAUAUAAGCUCACUAAGCGCAGUCUGGCAAAACAAUUCAGUUUGUUUGACGAUUCCUCCAGCUUUGUUAAAAUAUUGUUGUACAUAUUGCUUGGAGUUUUAGCAGGAAUGCUUUGUAUUGGAAUAAUAUGGGACCGACUUAUCAGGAAGAAGUCGGAUAAGCAGAAAAAUUCCGUGAUCGAGUGGGGAGCCGAAAACAAAGGGAUGUCGUUAACUGAGAGAGAAAGUAUUCUGAACGACUUUGAAGUGGCCAAAAGACUUCUUAAACAAAUGCAAGAUCAUUUCACAGUACUGGAAUCAAAAGUGUCAACAAUUCGAGAUAACCGGUAA